AAAAGGUCUUUUUUGCAGGAAGUGACUAUAAUUAUUAAUAAUCUAAGUUACCGGUGAUAGGUGACAUUAUGCGUUGUUUUAGAUCGACCUUUAUAGUUUCUGCACACUUUAAAGACACAAACAGACAUUUUUAAACGAUAUAAUUUUGGGUAACAACAAAGAGAAUAUGACACUAUAAUAGAGAUAACAACACGAGCAAACACAGUGACGGUUCAAAGCGCAUUGAGCGUAGGAAGGGGAAGUAGAGGUGAGCAGUUCGCCUAUAUUUUUUUCUACGCGUUUGAAGUUUUUAGUCACUGGUAUUAUUUCUAGACAUAUUCUUAAAGUUAUUAAUGAUUACCGCGACAUAAACUAUGUUUCCAUUGUUUUUCGGAAUUUCCACCGCUACUUUGGACUAAAAUCGUUUUUUUUUUCAUUUAUUUAUAAAUGCAUAAAUAUCGAUUCUGUUACGCAAAAUUAUUAUUGUUACGGUUUUUGUAGUGCUAUUUAUCUUUACAAGAAAAAUCGACUAAAAUAUCGAUUAUUAUACAACGCUAAUUGUCAUGUUAUGUCAAAAAUCAAUCCAGAGGGCGCUCUAAAUUGCUCGGCCACGUAAGUCAGGGUCGUAUUUUUCUUUCUUGAAUUAUUUUAAUUACGUUAUUUUACAUACCAUCAUAAUCUGUAAGAAUGGUAUAGCAUUAUACAAGUGCCUGUGAAGUUUAAUUGUGUAAAAUUCGUCUAAUAAAGCGAUUCAAUCAUGUCGAAUUUGCCUCCGAAUCCGUAUAAUAGCCACCCAGUGGUUUCUCAGGCCAACGCUAACUCAGCGCCGAUUUUCAACCACAACCAGCAGUUCAGUCAAGUGCCCAUGAGCCAGUUGCCGCCGGGUUAUGGAGGACUGAAGGAUACUAAUUCUAACAGCCCAUUGCAUGGGGCGGUGUCCCCACAGAACAGUGUAGUGCAAAAUGUGAACAACUACAAUCAAAGUGCAAGCAGUUCUCCUGCAUUUAACCAGCCAGGAGUAAUGAAUCCAUCUCAGAAUACAUUGCAGUCAUCUCCAAUCAGACCACAAACAUCUUUACCAUCAAAUUCUAAGCCCAUGCAGUUUAACCCUUUGUCUUCAUCCAGUCCUAGACCUGUCACCAAUGCCAAUCCUUCCCCAACACCGUUUCCUCCUAAUUACCAACCUCAGAGACAAAUAAAUGAAAAUGCACCACCUCUUGUUCCAUCUAGUCAGUUUAAUCAACCCAUGGUGAAUGGCCCUCCGUCUUUUCCUUCUGGAUCUAUGCCGAGUCAGUAUCCAGCGUCAUCUAAUGUCUAUGCUGCUCCCAUGGUGACACCACCUGUGACCUCUGCCUAUGGCUCAGGAUCUAUAAACCCACCUUUUAUGCCACCACCUGCACUGAGGCCUCGUGGUCCACCUGUUAUGACAAGUCAGCCUAAUAUACCAUUUUCUGGGCCACCUUCAGGACUUAGAGAUAGUCCUGUCAUACCAGGGCCUCCAGUAAGUGGACCACCUUCUAUGAUAAGACCACCUAUGAGCAGCCAGCCAAUGGGCGCCCUUCCGCCUGUGAGUGGGCCACCAUUAUCUGGACCUCAAUCAUUGCCUGCCCAACCUGCUGUAAGUGGGCCACCUAUGCCUGGGCAUCUUGGACCUCCUUUAGGGCAAAGAAUGGGGAUUAAUGGACCGAAUUUACCACCCCAACCAUCAUCUUUAAUGGGACCUCCUGCAGCAGCUAAACCUGGACUGAUUAAUGCUCCAUCUAUGCCUCCAGUCAGUGUUCCACCACUGCAGCAUUAUCCAGGCCAGCAAAUUCCUUCAAAUCAAUCAAUGAACCAACCUGGACCUGCAGUUGCACAAAAUCAAUUUGGUGGUCAUAAUGUUCCACCAGUAAUGCCACCAUUAGGCCAAAAUAUGUCUCCUGCAGGACUAAACAUACCACAAAUGGGGCAAAAUCUACCACCAAUGGGACAGACUGUGGCACCAAUAGGGCAACAAAUGGGACCUCAACCAAGUGGAAGUGCACCUGGGGCACAAAAGACAAAUAUGCAGAACAGAUAUCCUCAGAUGCCACAGAGUAACUACAACCAUCAACCAGCGAUGCAAGCUAACCAAUACCCUCAACAAUAUAACACACAGAAAAUGACUCAACAAAUGGGUCAGUUAAGUGUGACCAAACAAGGAUUUGACCAGCUGUGGGGCCAUCACAUGGUGGAUUUACUGACCUGUCGACAAAUACUCCCUGAGUAUCCCGAGGAUCCACCAGAAAUACGAUUGGCCCACCAGUUUGCCGAUGCACCAAAUUGCAGCCCUGAAAUAUUCCGAUGUACGUUAAAUCGUAUACCAGAAACAAACAGUUUGCUACAAAAAUCAAGAUUACCCCUCGGUAUAUUGAUUCACCCAUUCAAGGAUCUUAAUCAUCUUCCAGUGAUCCAGUGCACAACGAUAGUGCGAUGUCGCUCGUGUCGCACUUACAUAAAUCCGUUCGUGUACUUCGUGGACGCCAAGCGGUGGAAGUGCAAUCUUUGUUACAGAGUGAAUGAUUUGCCCGAGGAGUUCCAGUACGACCCUGUGAGCAAGUCGUACGGCGACCCGUCGCGGCGGCCGGAGAUCAAGUCGGCCACCAUAGAGUUCAUAGCGCCCGGCGAGUACAUGCUGCGCCCGCCGCAGCCCGCCGUCUAUCUGUUCCUGUUCGACGUGUCGCAGAUCGCGAGAGACUCUGGAUAUCUGCAGGUGGUAUGUGAGACGCUGAAGAACAACCUGGAUCAGUUGCCGGGCGAUGCGCGUACGCAGAUCGGGUUCAUCUGUUACGACGCGCACGUGCACUAUUACCUCAUGAGCGACGGACUCGCGCUUCCCAAGGAGAUGACCGUCAUCGACAUCGACGACGUGUUCCUGCCGUCGCCGGAGUCGCUGCUGGUGAACCUGGGCGAGCGGCGCGGCGCGGUGCGCGAGCUGCUGGGCGCGCUGCCGGCGCGGUUCGGCGCGCCCGGCCCGCCCGCCUGCGCGCUCGGCGCCGCGCUGCAGGCCGCCUACAAACUCAUGGCCCCUACAGGAGGAAGGAUCACAGUAUUUCAAACGUGUUUACCUAAUAUUGGACCGGGAGCGUUACAACCGAGAGAGGAUCCAAAUGCUCGUUCGUCGAAGGACGUAGCGCAUUUGAACCCCGCGACGGACUUCUACAAGCGUCUGGCGCUGGACUGCAGCGGCGCGCAGGUCGCCGUCGAUCUGUUCCUGCUCAACUCUCAGUAUUCCGACCUCGCCACGCUCAGUGGCAUGAGCAAGUUCAGCGCGGGCUCUGUGUACCACAUACCUUUGUUCAAAGCGGCGCGUGCGCAUCAAUCGGAGCAUCUCACGCGCAUAUUUACACGCUACCUGACCAGGAAGAUCGGCUUCGAGGCCGUUAUGAGGGUCCGCUGCACGAGAGGUAUCGCGAUACACACGUUCCACGGCAAUUUCUUUGUGCGCUCGACUGAUCUGCUGUCGCUACCGAACGUGUCCCCCGACGCCGGCUUCGGCAUGCAGCUCACCAUCGAGGAGUCCCUGUCUGAUCUGCAACAGGUCUGCUUCCAGGCCGCUCUGCUCUACACCAGCAGUAAAGGCGAGAGGCGGAUACGAGUGCACACGCUCGCGCUGCCUCUAGCGACAAAUCUGACUGAAGUAUUACACGCCGCCGACCAACAGUGUAUCAUAGGACUAGUCAGCAAAAUGGCGGUGGACCGGUGCGUGAGCGCGUCGCUGAGCGAGGCGCGCGAGGCGCUGAGCAACGUGGCCGUGGACGCGCUGAGCGCGCACCGCCUGGCGCAGAACCUGCCGCCCGGCGCGCGCGCCGCCGCGCUGCUCGCGCCGCACGCGCUGCGCCUGCUGCCGCUGCACCUGCUCGCGCUGCUCAAGCGCCGGGCCUUCCGCGCCGGCACCAGCACGCGCCUCGACGACCGCGUGGCCGACAUGUGCGCGCUCAAGUGUCUGCCGCUGCAGCAGCUCGUGCGGCUCGUCUACCCCGACCUGUACCCGCUGCACCAGCUGCGCGACCACGUGCCGCGACACGCCGAACAGGAGGAGGAGACGCCGCCUGACCCGCCGCGUCUGCAUUUAUCCGCCGAACGAGUUAACUCAACGGGAGCGUACCUACUAGAUGACGGCGAAUGUAUGAUCGUAUACGUGGGUCACGCAGUAAGCCCCGCCUUCCUGUCCGACAUGUUCGGUGUGGCGGCGUUCAGCCAGCUGCCCGACGAGGCGCGCUCCAUCCCGCGCGUUGACAGCGAGGGCAAUACGCUGCUGCACGCCUUCAUCGACAAACUAAACGACGAUCGACCAUACGCUUCAGAAAUUAUCAUGCUCAGAGACAAUUCGCCAUCAAAAACACUGUUCACGGACCGGCUCGUCGACGACAGAGUCGAGUCGGCAUUCUCGUACUACGAGUUCCUGCAACAUGUGAAAACGCAAGUGAAAUGAGUGGCGAGAGACUCGCGGACUAGUGUCGGCCGGGACAGUGCGCCGUGCGGACGGCUCGCGCCGUGUGUGUGUUAGUUAAUGUGAAGUGAUUGCCAAAGGACCGGACUCACGACACUGCCCUAAGUGUAUUAAGGUUUUUAUUCGCAUUCUCAGAUGUCGAGAUUCGAGAAAACUCGAUAUGGCGAAUGGGAGAAUUGUUGAUAUUUUAUAAUAGUUGUUGCGCGACUGAAACUGCUGGUUUCUUAUCGAAAGAGAACAAUAAAGUGUUAAAGUAUAUUCUAAAAUGAGGCUACAAGAGUAUGAAGUUAUAAAUGGCAUUAAUGAAACAUAGUUGUCCUUUGUCUCUCUACCGAAUGACUGAUUCGCAUAGAUUAGUAUCCAGUUUUCGAUCGAAACUCUACUCGAAUGCACAGUUUAUGUUAUAAAGGUUUAUGACAAUAGAACUCGUAGUAUUGUCGAAUUUGUUAAAAUACAGAUAUUCAUGGUUCUAAACUUUAAAAUAAUUUAAUUUGCGACAUGGAUCCGAAACGCCCGUUAUAAUUUAAAUUUAUACAUACAUGGUUAAUUAACUAAUCAUAAUAGAUUGGAGGGUAUACAAUAUACAUUUUAAGAACAUAAUAUAUUUAAAUAGUAAACAAAAAUAAAACAUUAGACAUAACAGUGGAAGAUUGGAUUUUACAAUAAAAUAAUAAAUAGUCGCCAGUUGUAUAGAUUGUUUUAAAUUGAAUAAAAAUCGUUAUCUUUUAUAUGAAAAGCAAUACUAUGAUAUCUAUGUAGUAGUUCUUUACAUGUGUGCAGUAUCGAUAGAAGAUAUACAACACAAACCAACUCAUGUGAUAUUUAUACUGUCUCCAGCUCUUACAAUAUAAGCAACUAAAUUGCUUGCGCAUUUAAAUUAAUAUUAUUGACGAAGGUUGUCAUCGAUAUGAUAAUUUUUGUUUCCUAAAUGUCAUAUCGCAAACAUUGAACACUUAUCGAUAAACUGUCCAUAUUCGUACAUUAUCGAUAUGCAAGAUGCACUGUCUGACGAGUACUCUUAACUGCUCGAAACUCGAGAGAGAAUGUUACAAUUAGAAUGGGAGAAAAUGUUUCUGCGAAUAAAUUGGUUGUUAUUUAUAAGGGUAUUUAACUUGUUUUACAGGUAGCGUAAGUGGCUGUAUUAUGUGCCUGUUACGAAUCGUGUGAAUGUCCAGUGUAUUAGUGUAGAGCUGUAUCAGAUAGAACUUACGUUGUCGAACAUCUGACGCGUGAAACGGAUGAUUUCAAUAAAUGAUCUCAAUCCCGAAACUUCGGAUCGAGGAGAACAAACCAAUCAAUAUACUGUUGAUUGUGGUUCGAUAUAUGUAUUCGUGCGGAUAUCGACCGCCAUACAAUGUGUAAAACCCGCCAUAGUGGCUCAAGUAAUUGUGUCGCGUUCAGAAAUCUGUCUGUGUAUAUCCGGUUUCAACUAGGCCGGCGUAACUGUGUCGAUAAGUGAAGGAUAAUCAUCUCUCGAUAGUCGAUUGUCUAUGGAUCCCACUCUGCUCAAGUGCAGCGGGGUCGCCUUGCCACGCUCGUAAAAAGAAAAAGUCAAACAUACCAAUCCUGUCCAUUUUCGACUUUAUCCGAAGCUAUUGGGGUUGUUUCUUGCAAUUCGUCGUUAGUUUUAUUAACUCAUGCUAGGUUAAAUGUACGAUAAUCGUAUGGAAGAAUGAGGACAUUUACGCGACUGAGGAACCGCGACGUAAUUUCCGUCAGAUAUGGCUCAGGGUAUAGUCACACAGCUGGUGCGGUUGUUCUAACGUCAUUUUCUACCACGAAUAGGCAAAAUUUCUAUUAAAUGAUUAGAACAGGUGUUACAUGGCUGCCAUGACGCCAGCUAGCUUCAACGUGACCUUUGGUUUAUUACUUUGGCUUAGUAAAAAUAUAAUUAUUAUAUCAACGCUGUGAAUAGUAUUUGCGUUAUUGUAAAUUUAUAUUUUAUUUGUAAUGUAAUGAUGGAUGGCUUGACCCAACGUGGUCAUAUUAUCGUCUAGUAUAUGCUAAUGGCUUGACGAUAUAUUACGUCACAGUUAUUUGAGCAGAAGCGAAUAUUUGUUAAGCAAUAACGAGCACCUUCUGUGUGACGUCACUGAGUUUUGUGUACAGAAUGCAUGUAAGAUUAUUUUUCUAUGUUUAUUAGGGCGUGUCGGUAAAUGCGGAAUGUUGUUUAUCACAUAAUAUAUGUUCGAAUGCAAUAAAGAGAUAACAACUUUAUUUUUAUUGUAAUUUCGGUGUAAGGUGUAUUUAUAAUUUUAAUUCAUUGUAUGUAUUAGCACUCGACACUGUUCGAUUGUAAAUUAAACAUAAAAUAUUUAUGAAAUUAUUAGGUAGAUAUCGGUUUUAUACUGGAACGUUAUCGGUUCAGAUAAUAUAUUCGAGUUUAGAUGUUCAUCAAGUUAUUGUUUUAUGAAUAUAUGUGUACUUUGCUACGCACACAAAUAAAUCAGUGCCUAUAAUUACUCUUUUGCUUGGAUUGACUAUUACAUGACUAUAUUUCUCAUAUUGAAUGAAACCUUCGGCUUCUGCCUUUCGACUCUUGUGUUGUGCGACGUGUGAUUUUUUGAUCGGAACAAAAAUCCUCAUGGGUCUUUGGCAAAUUCAUUUUUAUUAUGUAAUAAAUGUUUUAUGUAAUAAAUUGAUUUUGCUAUGCUAGUAAGGCCGAAAUUAAUAAAUGAACUUGUCGAUAUCUUCAGAUCCAUCGCGGAAAUUUACCCCAUCAUAAUAAGAUUGGUCAUAAUGAUCGUAUGUUACUUAUUUUUGUUGAAAUGUUUUGAGUUCUGAGAAUUGCGAUCGGAAUUGCUGAUUAUAGUCCAGUCGUAAGAAACAUUAAUAGCACGAUAAUAAAACAACAUAGAAUAUAAAUUUAAGCAGACAAAGAAUGAUGCUUUAACUAAGCGCUUGCGUAUGUUCUGGUUUAGCAGAUUCAAUUAAAAAACAUAUUUACCGGUUUAUUAAUCAUGUUCGUCGCACUAUAAAAGAGCUUUAUACACCAAACUCGGCAAAGUAUCAAGACUUAUAAAUGGCAAUUUUAUAAAUCGAAUCAGCAAACUAUCAAGACGCAUCAACGCAAUUUUUUAUGCAGGCGUAUCGUUACAAGCCUUCUUAUGUUUAAUUUAUUAUGCGAUUUUAUAGCUCCAGAGUCCAGACUGAGAAGGAAUAAUGCGAAGAUAAAAUCGAUUAAAAUUUUCAGAGCACACAAUAUUCCAUAUAAUUUACUGAUAAAAAUGGCGUGAUCUCAAUGAUUUACAGUUGAUAAAUAAUAUUGUUUGCCGUCAAAGUUUAAAGCAUAUUGUAUAUUCACAUUUUUUGUGAUUUUCAACUGUACUUGCUUUGUAUAAAGCGCAAAAACAUUAACCCCCUUACUUGUAUAAAGAAUAAAUCAGUAUUUAGACCGAGUGAAUUUUGUUUUAAAAGUAAAAGUACAAAAAAUAUUUAUUAAACUUAUUGCAAAAUUUAUAAGUAAGAUGGUUAAUGUUAAAGUACUGAUCAACGGUGUGAGCAAAAUUAAGUGUUGCUUAAUAAAUUAUAAUAUCAAAAAUGUUUAUUUAAAAUUAAAUUAUUACAUCACACUAACAAGUUGUGUACAACUUGGAAAAUAUGUAUUAUAACCGCUGCUUGAUAAAUUAUUCAGCGACUGUAAUUUCAUAAUUUAUCAUAAAGCUAUAUGGGAUGUAGUUAUUAUGACUGCACACAUUUUUAUUGCUGCAAUAUGUGACAAUCGCGAUAGCAUGUUAUAACAAGGAAUCCGUUUCAGAAUUCGCUAUUUAAUUUUAUCGGUCAAUUUAUAAAACUGAUAAAAAUGUUUCUUUAUGUUUUUAUAAACAAAAUAAUCGGGAACAUAAUUUACAGCCUGGAACGGAUGCAAAUGUUUUCUAUACGAACUCAAGCCACAAACUGUCAUUUGUUUGUUCUAAGAAUAAUAAUUAUCAAAAUUAUAAUUCUUGGUGUUGGUAUAACUAUCAUGGCGACUAAUUUUAGCCUGUCUGAAAGUAAGUCACAAUUUGUACACGUCCGUUAAAUUGUACGGCAUUAUUGAAAUUCUAUGCAUGAUAUAAACAUUUAUAUCUACUUUAUGCUGGUAUAUACGGUUGAGGUUGAUCAAUGGAACGCGUUGCAGCAACGCACUGAUGUAUUUAUUUACGGCACUGUUAGCGGACUAAUUCGAGAGCCCUGUAAUUUGUUUCAAUAUAGACAAUUCAAAACCA